GUCUACAAAUGAUCGCACGAUCGUGCUGAUCGCGUGUGUCUGCACGCCGUACUGCCGCCAACCUACACAACCACCUCACGACUCACUGCGAGGCUGCGUGAUUGCGUAAAACGCAACCUUUCGGAUGGACAAAAGGCAGCGAGGUCUGUGAAGCUAGUUCGUUUACUUGGUGUUGCGAUCAUCGCAAGCAGUGUGCAACGAUGGAGACGAUCGAAGGUGGUACAGUGCGCAACCGUAAAGCACAGCAAAAAAAGCCACCAAAGAGCGAGGAAACCACCGAGGAACGGUGCAAAUCAACGGAAGACCUUUCGAGCAACGAAAGACAUCAACCAGCAAGCGACGAACCCUCGAGAAGCAAGAAGCAUGCAGAUGACGUGAAAGAGCGCGAACGAUCCACCAGCAAACCAGAAAAGGACGAACGCGGCGCCGAGGAUGAUCGGUUCAGUGUUACGGUCAAUCUGCAGUUCAACGGUGCCACCGUUGGUCUGUUUUUGCUCUCCUUCCUAACACGAUUCUAUCGCAUCGGUCACCCCGGGGGUGUUGUCUUCGACGAGAUACACUUUGGAAAGUUCGUCUCGCUCUACCUCAAAAACACCUUCUACUUCGAUCAGCAUCCACCGCUCGGCAAGCUACUGAUAGCAGGCGCAGCCGGAACUGCGGGUUACAGUGGGAACUUUGAGUUUCCGAAAAUCGGCAGCGAGUACGAUGCGUCCGUUCCUGUUUUUGCGCUACGCUUCGUACCGGCGCUAUGCGGGAGUUUGCUGGCACCGAUCGUCUACUCGAUACUGCGCCAGCUGAAGCUCGGCCAGGGGAUUAGCUUACUCGGUGGACUGCUGAUCAUUUUUGAUAAUGCGCUCCUCACGCACUCGCGCUUCAUCCUCGUUGAAUCGAUUCUGUUGUUCUUUGCGGCACUUGGCAUUCUGGCGAUCCUAAAGUUCCUCCAGGCCACCCCAUUCAGUGGCCGCUGGUGGACCCAAGGCACGAUCGCGUCCAUCUCCCUAACGGCAGCCGUUUGCGUCAAGUUCGUCGGUUUCUACAGCUACCUUCUCGCGAUCUACAUGAUCGGACGUCACGUUUGGCAGGAGUUACCCGAUCGCCGUCGCUCCAGCAUCUACCUUACGCUGAAAGUGCUCGCAAUGGCCACACUCGUCCUGUCCGUAUCGGCAGCCAUCUAUCUCGGUUGCUUCUACGUCCAUUUUGCCACCCUUUACAAGGCGGGCCCGCAUGAUACGGUGAUGACGAGUGCAUUCCAGGCAUCGCUGGAGGGUGGCUUGGCGUCGAUUACCCGCGGUCAACCACUGCGCAUCCAGCACGGUUCACAGAUCACCCUAAAGCACACGCACGGGCGCGUCUGCUGGCUCCAUUCGCAUCCACACGUCUAUCCGAUCAAGUACGCGGACGGGCGUGGUUCGAGCCACCAGCAGCAGGUCACCUGUUACGGGUUUAAGGACGUGAACAAUUGGUGGAUUGUGAAGCGACCGGAAAAGGAGGGUCUGAUGGUGGGCGAGGAACCGGAUUACAUCGAGAACGGGGACAUUGUGCAGCUGGUGCACGGUGUGACGAGCCGGGCACUGAAUACGCACGAUGUCGCCUCUCCGAUGUCGGCCCUGUGUCAGGAGGUGUCGUGCUACAUCGACUACAACAUCUCGAUGCCGGCGAAUUUGCUGUGGAAGGUGGAGAUCCUGAAUAGUAAGGAAUCGAGUGGGAAGUGGUACGCAAUCACUUCGCAGGUUCGCUUCAUACACGUUAAUACGACGGCGGCGCUCAAGUUUACGGGCGAACAGUUGCCGGACUGGGGUUACAAUCAGUUCGAGGUGGCCGCUGAUCGGCGUCAGUAUACGAUCGAUACGAUUUGGAAUGUGGAGGAGCACCGGUACACGCAGCACGCUGACAAGAAGGAGGUGCUGAACAAGUUGCUGACGACGGAGAUGAUACCGACGGAGCGGACGCGGUUGUCGUUUUGGAAUAAGUUCUACGAGUUGCAGAUGAAGAUGUUGCUGCACGCGGAUAAGGUUGAGGGACACAUGUACUCGUCGGAACCGCACGAGUGGCCACUGAUGGAUAAGGGAAUCGCGUACUGGAUUGAUGCGGAGUCGAAUGCGCAGAUUCAUUUGCUCGGUAAUGUGGUCGUGUGGUAUUCGGCCACGGCCGCGAUCGCCCUGUACGUCGGUUUGUUCGUGUUCUAUCUCAUCCGUCGACGGCGUCAGUUUUACGAUCUGGAACCGGCCGAAUGGGAUCGGUUCCGGGCGGGAGGUGAAAUCCUGCUCGUUGGCUAUCUGUUGCACUAUUUGCCGUAUUUCUUUGUCGAGCGUACACUGUUCCUGUACAACUAUUUGCCGGCGUUGCUGUUUAAGAUACUGUUGCUCUGCUUCACGAUCGAUCACACGCGGAUGGUGCUGCGGAAGUUUGUUAGCCGGCCCAGCGUUCCUGCACUGUUCGGGGCCCUGGUUGGCGUGUGGUUUACCGGUGUACUGUACUUUUUCCGUCGCUACAGCGUGCUGAGCUACGGUAUGACGGCCCUGUCGGCGGAUGAUGUGCUCGAGUUGCGGCUUAAGGAUACGUGGGAUCUGAUCGUCCAUAAGCCCUAGAAGGCCAGGUCCCGGCACUUGUUGUGACUUGUAGCACUCGAUAGUAUAACGUUGAGAUUCGUACCUAUUUUACCCGAAAAUACUCUCUGUUGGCGAUACAGCAAAUAAAGCAUUGC